AGGUUUAGAUACGAGAGAAAUAAAUUAAUAAAUUAAUAAACCCUAACCUAUCUUUUAGUGUCCAGGAAUUAAGACUUCACAGACUUCCUCCAAAUAUACAUCCACAUUCUCAACACUUACUGGCGCACAUCGUUUUGUCAGUUGGUUUACCUGAAACAAGUUUAACAAGUUUCGUAUCUUCAACAUAGAAAGUUACAAAAAAAAGCAACACAAAGUUUGAACUAUAAUAUAUGAUAUACAGCGGUGAAAAGAGCUCCCAUGCAUAAGCUCGGCUUGGUUACGCGACUUUUACUUCCAAAUGCUCCAGUCAUGUUUCUUAUUUAUAGCACCACAGUCUUAACUGCGUUCGUUCUUAGCAUCACGUGAGGGGUGCGAUCAGAAUCGGUUUCUUUGCACCAAAACAGAACAAGCCAGGAAGUCGCGUCACGUGACGGAGACCGCACCUGCAAGUCUAUGUAGAUUCUCUGACACGCUGCCGGACUGCUUGGAUCAAGAUGUCUGUCGGGGAGCAGAGUGAUUUCAGGUGUGUAGAGCUGGGAGAGGAGGCCAUGGAGCAGCAGCCCACUAAAUAUGGAGAACCAGCCGGGCCAGCGGAGAGGGGUUCUGACACCCAGCCAGGGAAGCCCACUGACAGGAUCCCCCUUACAAACCCUGACACCGCGCAUCAGGAGGGAGCCCGUUGAGAUUCUUUGUCCUGAGGCCUGGUGCUAUUGAACAAGCAGUUCAAGACAUACAGCCCAUGAUGGAUGAAAAGGAAGAUGGCAAUGUCCAAAGUGCCUGGGUAUUUGGUUGAGGUGGAUCACUGGAACAAUGAGAAGGAGCACACUGUGCUGCUUGCAGAGAACUCCCUCCUGAUCUGCAAGUAUGACUUCGUCAUGCUCAGAUGUGAGCGCAUUCAGAGAAUCCCACUGAACUGCAUCGACCGCAUCUGUCACGGGGAGUUCACCUUCCCCCAAAAGUCUCUCAACAAACAUUGUGACUGGGAGGUCACUAACACUGCAGGAAGUGUACAGGAAAUAAAAGUCCCAACAAGACCCCACAUGCUCGUCACAGACACUGGGGCUACAGAGAGGAGAGAAGGGGAAGGACUGCGCAUUAUCUGGGACAGACUGCGUGAGCCAACCUUCUUGUCUCGCUGGAACCCCUUCUCGGGGGACUUUCCAUUCUGCACCUUCACCAAGCACCCAGUUCUGGAGGCCAAUGACAAGUUCACUAAGAUGUGUGCGCUGGACCAGUUCAUGGAUCAGCUGACACAGGCAGUUCAGAGAGCUCAUGAGAAGAAGCCGAUCCCCGGCAACGCCAACAGAGUCCCGGUGCUGAAGCACCCCAUCCUCAUAGAGACCUACGUGGGACUCAUGUCCUUCAUUGGAAACCAGAACAAGCUGGGGUUCUGCCUGGCACGAGGGAACAUGGGAUUCUAAAUGCAGUUCCACCACGCCUUGGCAUCUUCUGUACCAAUCAUAUAUGCAGCAGAACCUCAGAGUUACGAACCCCAUGGGAAUGGAGGUUGUUCGUAAGUCUGAAAUGUGUGUAACUCUUUGGUUUAUUAAAUGUGGACACCUGCUACCUACACCCUCAAUCUGAAGAAUAAUAAAAUGAUACAGUACAGUAAAAUACUUGUUGUUUUGGUUCUAAAGUCUUUAAAACCUAUUAUAAAUGGAAAAAAGGCUACCAUUGAAAUCAUAACUGUAGCAAAAACACAGAUUAAAACGUCCAUGUAAACUUGGGUUAAUACAGUGCUUGUUUUAAACAAAAUGCAUUCAUGCAGCUUGGCUUGUUUGGCUUGGGGAAAAAAAAAUGUUUAAAAC